GCCCGCUCGGCGGAGGGAAGCGGAAGCGGCGCGGCCUGGCGCGGUGGCGGAAGCCGCUCCGCCUUUCCGGAGCGCGGCGUGCUCGGAGCCAUGAGCGUCCCGGCCUUCAUCGACAUCACCGAGGAGGAUCAGGCUGCAGAACUGCGAGCUUACCUGAAAUCCAAAGGAGCAGAAAUCUCUGAAGAAAACGCUGAAGGUGGACUUCAUGUGGACUUGGCACAGAUUAUUGAAGUGUGUGAUGUGUGCCUGAAAGAGGAUGACAAAGAUGUGGAGAGCGUGAUGAACAGCGUUGUCUCUCUGCUUCUUAUCCUGGAACCUGACAAACAAGAAGCACUGAUUGAAAACCUGUGUGAGAAGUUAGUAAAAUUUCGGGAAGGAGAGCGCCCAUCUCUUAGACUGCAGCUCCUGAGCAAUCUCUUCCAUGGCAUGGACAAGAACACUCCUGUGAGAUACACAGUGUACUGCAGCCUUCUGAAAGUGGCCUCGUCCUGUGGUGCCAUCCAGUACAUUCCAACUGAACUAGAUCAGGUCCGAAAAUGGAUUUCUGACUGGAAUCUGGCCACAGAGAAAAAGCACACUCUCCUGAGACUGCUCUAUGAUGUCCUAGUAGACUGCAAGAAAAGUGACACUGCAGCAAAAGUAAUGGUGGAGCUAUUGGGGAGUUACACAGAGGACAAUGCUUCCCAGGCUAGAGUUGAUGCUCACAGGUGUAUUGUACGAGCAUUGAAGGAUCCAAAUACCUUUCUCUUUGAUCAUCUUCUUGCCUUAAAACCAGUGAAAUUCUUGGAAGGGGAACUUAUUCAUGAUCUUUUGACAAUUUUUGUAAGUGCUAAACUAGCAUCCUACGUCAAGUUUUAUCAGAACAACAAAGACUUCAUUGACUCCCUGGGCUUGUUGCACGAACACAAUAUGGCCAAGAUGAGGCUCCUUACUUUCAUGGGAAUGGCUGUAGAGAAUAAAGAAAUCUCAUUUGACACAAUGCAGCAGGAACUCCAGAUCGGGGCUGAUGAUGUAGAAGCGUUUGUCAUUGACGCUGUAAAGACAAAGAUGGUGUACUGCAAAAUAGAUCAGACACAGAGGAAAGUCGUUGUCAGUCACAGCACACAUCGGACUUUUGGAAAGCAGCAGUGGCAGCAAUUGUAUGACACUCUAAACACCUGGAAACAAAAUUUGAAUCAAGUGAAGAACAGUCUCCUCAGUCUCUCAGACACCUAAGAACUUUUUUUUUUUUUUGACCUAGUAAUAUUGCUAUAGAUAAAUUUUAUUCAAAACUUUGACAAUUUGUGAACGUUUCCAAAAAAAAAAAAAAAUGUAUGCAAUUGAUUUAAAGAAGCUAAAUAUUCCAAAUUGCCCAACACCAAAAAAAAAAAAAAAAGAGGCAAUAAAA